AUGUCUUCUCAACUUGCAGCACAACCUUCAGCUGAUUUACCAUCUCAGCAGCAGCUAUCUCAGAAUAUUAACAACGAAAAUACUGAUCCACAGGUUGCCGAAGAAGAAAAUGAUGGGGAAGGCAUGGGUUCCUUUGUUCCCUUAGAGCAGCUACAAGUCAACGGUAUCACUUCGUCUGAUCUUAAUAAAUUAAGAGAUAAUGGAUUAUUUACAGUAGAAGCAGUGGCAUAUGCUCCAAAAAAAGAUUUAAUUGAAAUUAGAGGGAUUAGUGAAGCCAAGGCUGAUAAAUUACUUAUGGAAGCCUCUAAAUUAGUACCCAUGGGCUUUGUAACUGCUGCUGAUUUCCAUAUGCGAAGAACAGAAAUGAUUUGUUUAACUACUGGUUCCAAGAAUUUUGAUACUUUGCUAGGCGGCGGUGUUGAAACAGGAAGCAUCACCGAGUUGUAUGGUGAGUUUAGGACCGGUAAGUCUCAAUUAUGUCAUACCCUGGCUGUAACCUGUCAAUUACCUCUUGAUAUGGGUGGCGGUGAGGGCAAGUGUUUAUAUAUAGAUACAGAGGGAACAUUUAGACCAAUUAGAUUGAUAUCUAUUGCUAACAGAUUUGGUCUAGAUCCAGAAGAUGCUUUAAAUAACGUUGCUUAUGCUAGAGCCUACAACGCAGAUCAUCAAUUAAAAUUGUUAGGGGCUGCUUCCCAAAUGAUGAGUGAGAGCAGAUUUAGUUUAAUUAUAGUCGAUUCCAUAAUGGCUUUAUAUAGAACAGAUUUUUCAGGUAGAGGCGAACUAAGUGCUAGGCAAAUGCAUUUAGCCAAAUUCAUGAGGGCUUUACAAAGAUUAGCUGAUCAAUUUGGUGUUGCUGUGGUUAUAACUAACCAGGUUGUUGCUCAGGUUGACGGGAUGAGUGGUAUGUUCAAUCCUGACCCAAAAAAACCGGUUGGAGGUAAUAUAAUGGCACACAGCUCAACAACUAGAUUAGCGUUUAAAAAGGGGAAAGGAUGCCAAAGAAUUUGUCGUGUUGCUGAUUCCCCCUGUUUGCCUGAAGCGGAAUGUGUAUUUGCUAUCUAUGAAGAUGGAAUUGGUGAUCCAAGAGAAGAGGGUGAAGAGGAACAAGACUAA